AUGGUUGAUGUUGGUUCUGGCCAGGGACAUCUUUCCAGAUUUCUGGCGUAUGGCCAUGACGUUAGAGUCUUUAUGUUUAGAAGCUCAAGGUGGGAAUUUGUCAGAGGUGCAAAAAAGUUUGAUAAUCAGCUGAAGGAGACUGUUGAAAAGAUGCACCGCAAAUAUGAAAAUCUUCCUCCGCUACCACCACCUCCGCGACACACCCACUGUCAUUUAGAACCCAACAUGGACCCUGAAGUAUUUAGAGAGGUCGUGACCAGUGCUUGGCCAGAAUUAGAAUCUUGUGGAUUUGAGCAUGGACUUCUGGGUCUUCAUACAUGUGGAGAUCUUGGACCAACUUUACUCCGUAUCUUUGCAAAUUCUCCAGCGUGUCAUGGUGUUGUAUCAGUUGGCUGCUGUUACAUGAAGUUAACUGUGAAUGAGUAUGCAGAAGCUGCUGUGAGCCGAUUGAAGAAUGUUAGUCUCAACAAAGAGGAUUUAAAUAGUGAGAAAACUAAGGAAAAUCUUAGUCGAUGGAUGCAGGUAGUCGUGUAUUACUCUCUGAGACUGCUGUUAGCACCGGUAGUGGAGUCGAUAAUAUUGUUGGACAGAUUAAUCUUUCUCUAUGAGAGGGGUAUAGAAGGCAUUCUCCUACCUGCUUUUGAUCCACUCCUGUCUCCUAGAAAUCAUGUUUUAGUCGCAAUUAAAAAAAAGGAAGUUUCGUGAUAAUUAAAUAAAGUUUUAUUAACUCACACCCUGGAUGGUAAGGC